AUGAAAUUCGUUCUCAUCACAGGCUUAUUCUCAGCCAUCCUGGCAACCGCCCAACUCACAGGUCCCGUCGGCCCCCUCACAGCCCUCUCCCAAAAGACCCAUGAGUGCAACAUUCUCGACUACGGCGCUGUAAACGACAACUCCACUGAUAUAGCAGACGCCAUCGAGAAGACCUUCAAGACCUGCGUCCUCCCACACGCUGGAAGCCGUUUAAUUGUCCCAGACGGACAGUACCUGAUCAAACGCUCAGUCGUUCUGUCAAACGGUACAAAUUGGGCGUUUCAGCUCGAUGGACUUAUCACUUUGGCGUAUGGUGGGAACUGGACUGUUGAUCGUGAUGGGCAAUUCUUGCAGAAUGGACUCACCAUUAUAAAUCCUGUCGACUUUGAGUUUUACUCACAGAAUGGAAAGGGUGCCAUUCAGGGACAGGGAUACAUCUACAGAAACUUGGCAAAUACUUUCCGUCCCCGUCUUGUCAGAAUAAUUUCACCCAUCAACACUUCUGUUCACGACCUCAUUCUCGUUGACAGCCCAAAGUUUCACAUCGUCUUUGACUUUGCUGAGAACCUCGAGGUAUAUCACCUCACCAUCCGAGGGGCCAACCUGGGUUCUUAUGAUGGGGUUGACGUGGUUGGCACAAAUUAUUGGAUCCACGAUAUCGAGGUGACAAACCGAGACGAAUGUGUGUCGGUGAAAAGCCCUUCCAACCAUGCUCUCAUCGAGAACUUGGUUUGCAACCAAGCUGGUUCCGGCAUCUCGAUUGGCAGUCUCAACGUGUCAGCAUCUAUCGCCAAUAUCCAUGCACGCAAUAUCAACAUCAUCCAGGGAAACAAUAUUGCUUUUAUCAAGACUUACCCCGGAGGCUCUGGUCACGUUACCAAUAUCACUUUUGAGAACUUCCGAUCCAAGGCAUCUCUCUACGGCCUUGAUAUCAACCAGUAUUGGCAGAACACGUUUGAGCCUGAUACAGGGGCUGUAGCUUUGAGUAACCUAGUCUUUAAGAACUUCUCCGGAUCUGUCGCCGAUGGUUCCAAGAGACCUCCUCUCUUCCUAGUAGCCAACGAUCUAUCAUUCGCCACCAACGUCACAGUCGAAGACUUCAGCAUCUGGACUGAAUCUGGAUCCUCAGUCGUCAACAAGAUCAGCAACAUCUUCGGCCACGGCGAUAAUUCUUAUGGACAGGCGAACGGCAUCAAGUCGCUUUCUUCUGGCCAGGCACCUACCGCAUACACCAGCACUUACACUGUAACCGCUACACCUACCGGCUGGGCAGCUCCAUCAUUCCCUACGUGGGCUGCGGCAAGCACUGGUUAUGGAACUGAUGUGCCCAUUCCGGUUUAUACGCCGGCUGCUCUGUGGAAGCCGGAAGGUGACUAUGAUAAGCAUUACUGGGGAUCCUUUUGA